AUGAUCUUCCAGGUCAUAGGUCUGAACACGAUCUAUGGAGUCUUUCAGGCGAGUACAUGGAAGCCACUGAACCUCCUUGCUGCCUUCCAGGACUUUUAUACUUCACAAGAAAGUAAUAUCCCUGGUGCCAUCGGACAAGACGCUCUUGUAUCGCUUGCUGGUGCUGUCGGGGCAGGUCUCACAUGGAGCGGGAGCAUCUUUGUCAAUCCCCUCAUGACUCGCGUCAAGGACGUGCGCAUAAUAACUGUUGCUGGAGCUUUCAUCAUGUGCUUUGGCCUCUUCUUCGCCAGCUUCAACACAAAGCUUUGGCACCUGUACCUAACCCAGGCGCUCAUGUACGGCAUCGGCUCGUCCAUGUACUACUUCCCCAUCAUGUCCAUCGCGCCCGUGUACUUCGACCGGCACCGCGGCUUCGCCAUGGGCUUCAUCCUCGCCGGGAACGGCUGCGGCGGCCUCGUGCUCGCGCCCGCCACCAACGCACUCAUCUCGCACCUCGGCAUCCGGUGGGCCCUGCGCAUCCUCGGGCUCGUCAAUCUGGCCCUAGCCAUACCUGCCGCUUGUGUGGUGAAGCAGCGCCCGGGCUACAAGGUGGGCGGCGGUCUGAAGGUUAGCAUGGGCCUCGUCAAGCAAGGGACGUUCUUGUGGCAGUCCCUGGGCGCAUUCCUGCAGGCCGCGGGCAACUUUGUGCCGAUGAUAUACAUGGCGACGUACUCCACGUCCGUCCUGGGAUACUCGGCCUCAACCGCCAGUCUGGUCAUCGCGCUGAACAACGGCGUGAAUAGCAUAUCCCGCGUGCUCAUGGGCGUCCUCGCCGACCGCGUCGGCAGGCAAAACACCAUGUUCGUCGGUGUAAGUACCAGGCACUCCUUUCAUCUCUGCCCUAUCAUUUCUUCCCACUAA